CUGGACAACAUGGCAUUCAAGGUAUUUGCUCUGGCCGCCCUUGUGGUCGUCACAAUCGCCCGUCCAGAUAACCCGCCCACAUAUGCUUACUCCGCUCCCACACCCUCUUAUGCACCUGCCAAGUACGACUUCAACUACGCCGUAAAUGACCAAUCAUCUGGCAACGACUUCGGGCAUGAGGAAGCCCGUGAUGGCGACCACACACAGGGAUCCUACUACGUCCUUCUUCCCGACGGUCGUCUGCAGAGGGUCACCUAUACUGUGAAUGGAGACUCCGGUUAUGUGGCUGAUGUCACCUACGAGGGACAGGCUCAGUACUCUACCCCACAGGCUUCCUAUGGUCCUCCUCAGCCUUCCUACAAGCCACCCACCCCCUCCUAUGCUUAAAAUGUGUUAGUCCGGAUAGUUGUCGGUCAUGUUUUCCAAGAAUAUUUAUUGCUCGUAAAUAUUUAUAUAUAUAUAAUAAAAUAGCAAACUCAAACAUUCCUUGUCUAACUCAUGAGCAUUUUUUUCUUUUUCUUUUUUUUUUUUUGUUCUUUGAUGAACUAAAAAUAAAAAAAUGUAAAAUGUAUUUUUAAAAUGUGAUGCACAAUCCUCUCCAAGUGUCCAGGUCCACUGAUAACUCAAG